GGGUGUUGUUAGUUAUGUUUCAAGAAAAUUUGCUUAACCGUUUGAAGAAAUAUAAAGAGCUACCAUAGGUAAUGAUCUUCAAACGGCUAAGCAAAUUUUCUUAAAACAUAUAGCUAUAAGAACACUCUCGAUCAAAUUAACUUUCAAAAAUCAAAAUCGUUUAAUAAGAGCCACGAUGCGAAAGAUAGACACCAUUAGAAAAACCCAAUCGCUAUUUGUGUUGGAGAGAAAACAAGUAUAUUUAUUAUAUUCCACGAUAUUGUUGUUGACGUAUUAUUGAAUUUAUUGUUGAACAUGGAAGAUUCAAAACAAAUGGAAGAAGAAUCCGCAACCGCGCCACCACCGCCAAGGGAUCCUGCAGCUCUCCAAUUAACUCUAUUUAAAUUACAUAAGAAAGUUCCAUCUACCACGUUAACCAGCUGGGGAACUCCAGUAGUAAAUAAAGAUGCCACACUAACAGUAGGUCCUCACGGACCAGUCCUCAUACAAGAUAAUAAUUUUAUUGAUGAAAUAGCACAUUUUGAUCGAGAACGUGUGCCUGAACGUGUAGUACAUGCAAAAGGAGCUGGAGCUUUCGGAUAUUUCGAAGUGACUCAUGACAUAACACCAUUCACUGCAGCAAAAGUUUUCUCAAAAAUUGGGAAAAGAACAUCAAUAUUUGUACGAUUUUCUCAAGUAAGUGGAGAAAUGGGGUAUCCAGAUACUGUUCGCGACCCAAGAGGUUUUGCUGUGAGAUUUUACACAGAAGAUGGAAUGUGGGAUCUAGUGGGCAACAAUACACCUAUAUUCUUUAUUCGCGAUCCAAUACUUUUUCCAAGUUUUAUACACACACAAAAACGAAACCCCGUAACACAUUUAAAAGAUUAUGAUGCCUUUUGGGAUUUCAUGUCUUUAAGGCCAGAAAGUACUCAUCAAUAUAUGUAUUUAUUUGGUGAUAGAGGGAUCCCGGCUAGUUAUCGUACAAUGAAUGGCUAUGGAUCGAACACAUUCAAGUUAAUUAACAGUCAAGGAGAAGCAGUUUAUUGUAAAUUUCACUAUAAAUCAAAUUUAGGAGUUAAAAAUUUGGAUCCAGAUUCUGCCCAACAAAUAGCUGGUGCUGAUCCUGAUUAUUUAAUAAGAGACUUGUAUAACGCCAUAGCAGAAGGAAAAUUUCCAUCAUGGACUUUUUAUAUUCAAGUUAUGACUUUUGAUCAAGUUAAUAAAGUUCCUUUUAAUCCAUUUGAUGUGACCAAAGUAUGGCCUCAUGGUGAUUUCCCACUAAUCCCAGUUGGAACCUUAGUUUUAAACCAAAAUCCAUCAGAUUAUUUUGCUGAGGUCGAACAAGCAUCUUUUGAUGUUUCAAACUUUGUACCAGGUAUUGAUACAUCACCAGAUAAAAUGUUACAAGGUCGUUUAUUUUCCUAUGGAGAUACUGGUCGAUAUCGAGUGGGUACCAAUCGUGACCAGAUUCCAAUUAAUUCAGCCUUCAGAGCAGAUGUACCAAAAAAUUAUCAAAGAGAUGGAAAAUUUACUAUUAACACGCAAGGUGGUGCUCCAAAUUAUCAUCCAAAUAGUUUUUGUGGGCCAGAAGUUGAUCCAAGGGCUCAAAAAUUACAACCAAAAUUUUUAGUUAGUGGCGAUGUGUACCGGUAUGAUUCGGGUGACGAAGAUAACUAUUCGCAACCUCGAAUUUUUUAUCAAAAAGUUUUAGAUGAAGCUGCUCGUGAACGUCUCAUUAAUAAUAUAGCCGAUCAUUGUUCAAGAUCGGCAAAAUUUAUACAAGAUCGUGUUGUUAGUGUUUUAUCUCAUGUAGAUCUUAGUUUUGGUACGAGACUUCGAGCAGCAUUAGACGCACGAGAUAUUACUAGCACAUCUUUAAAAAAAGAUAUAAAAUAUCUUUGAAUAAAUUGAGAUUAUGCUACAAAUUUAUUGUGAGAAGUGACGUAACCACACUUGGAUCAAAGGAUCUUAAAAAGCUUUUCUUGUCAAAAAUCAACAUUGGCCAAUUGUUUCAAGUUCUUUAGAGCUUUAAAUAACGGUGUAAAAAAUGGUUAAUUAAAUUCAAAAUCCAAUGACGAUAGAUGUAAAAUUUUUAAAUGGAAAGCCACUAGUUUUUGAUCAACCCCGUUUUUAGUCUGAAUGCACGGCAUAAUAAUAAUUUCUUGUCUACUUUGAGCAAUAAAUAACAUACAUCAGGAGUCCAUCUCUUCCGAGUCCUUUAAGUUCAGGCGCUCCUAACGUUGUACCAGUCUUAUUUCACUUCAUAGUUACGCCACAGUUUAUAGGGGUGAGUCAUAUCAAAAGAUAUAUUUUUUUAGAGUUUAACGAAGACAAUCGUUCAAAGGUCGAAGUAUAUAAAUUUUGACCAUGAAUUAUUUUAAUCAAAAGUCUAUUAUCGACUUGGGUGAACUACCUACCCAUGAUAAAAAUAUUAAUCUAAA